AUGGCCGAGCAGAUCAAUGGUAUCAAAAAUAAGCUCUCGCAAAUUGAGCAAGUUGUGGCAUCUACUUUGAGACCUUUGCCAACUGAGGCCGGCGACGGCACCUACAUCAAGAGUAAUGCCAAAACUGGCGUUGUAAAGGAUUUGGAACACUUAAAUUUGAAAGAUGUCAAGACAGUUGUUGAGAUAGCCAAAGAUGCGGCAACUGGCACCCCCUGGAACGAUCGCGAAUAUAUUAUGGAACGAUUGAUUCAGACUACCGCCAGUUUACCUUCAACAUCGCAAGCUGGUCAGACCUUAACCAAUAGCUUUUUGGGUACGUUGUGGAAAGAUCUGCAGCACCCACCAACAUCUUAUCUGGGUCGGAAUGCAUGCUAUCGCACAGCAGAUGGAUCUGGAAAUGGAUUAAAGAACCCAUUCUUUCCAAACAUUGGUGUUGCUGGCAGUCCAUACGCGCGGUCUGUUCGGCCUGCUAUUAUGCAGCCUCUUUCUCGGCCAGACCCGGGGACACUGUUCGAUAGCUUGCUCACACGAAAGGAGUUCAAGGAACAUCCGAACAAGAUUUCGAGUGUUUUAUUUUAUCUUGCAUCCAUCAUAAUUCAUGAUCCAAAGGACAGCAGUAUCUCUCAAACAUCAUCAUAUCUUGACUUGGGCCCUCUUUACGGAAACAAUCAAAAUGAACAGAACGAAGUGAGAACCUUCAAGGAUGGAAAGCUGAAGCCGGAUGUGUUCUCUGCGAAACGAGUUCUCGGGUUCCCCCCUGGCGUUGGUGUCUUGCUUAUAAUGUUCAACCGCUUCCAUAACUACGUUGUUGAGAACUUGGCCCAAAUAAAUGAGGGUCGCCGUUUCACCAAGCCAGCUGAGUCUAACGAAAAGGCGUAUGCAACAUGGGACAACGAUCUCUUUCAAACCGGCCGUUUGAUUACCUGCGGUCUCUAUAUCAACAUCAUCCUUAAGGAUUAUCUCCGAACCAUUCUGGAUCUCAAUCGGACAGAUAGUCUCUGGAGCUUGGAUCCCAGGGAAGAAAUUAAGAAUGGGUUGUUUGGUGAUGCCCCGGCUCAAGCUACUGGAAACCAGGUCUCUGCAGAGUUCAAUUUGAUCUACCGAUGGCAUUCCUGUAUCUCUGCUCGGGAUGAGAAAUGGUCCGAAGAUCUAUACAAGGAUCUGUUCCAGGGUCAAGAUCCACAGGCACUAAUUCUCCCGCAGUUUGUCCAAGGCCUUCACCGAUGGGAGGCAAUGCUACCCGAGAAGCCAGAGGAUCGUCCCUUUGCCAACUUACAUCGCCAAGCGGAUGGGUCUUACCCUGAUGACGACCUUGUGAAGAUUUUUAAGACCAGCGUCGAGGAUGUUGCCGGUGCUUUUGGAGCGUCGAAUGUGCCACCUGUUUUCCGAGCUGUUGAAGUCCUCGGUAUUCAGCAGGCUCGUUCUUGGAAUUUAGCGACUUUGAAUGAGUUCCGCGAAUUUUUCAACUUGACGCCUUACAAAACUUUUGAGGAGAUCAACCCGGACCCUUAUAUCGCUGAUCAGCUCCGACAUUUCUAUGACCAUCCCGACUUAGUAGAGAUCUACCCUGGUCUCAUUGUGGAGGAUGCAAAGAAGAGUAUGGCCCCAGGCAGUGGCUUGUGCCCCAACUUCACUACCUCUAGAGCAAUUCUCUCGGACGCUGUUUCCCUUGUUAGAGGCGAUCGCUUCUACACCGUUGACUAUACCCCGAAGCAUUUGACCAAUUGGGGAUAUAAUGAAGUCCAAUUUGACACAUCCGUGGACGCUGGCCAGGUCUUCUACAAGCUGGUUUUCCGAGCGUUCCCAAAUCAUUUCCAUGGAGAUUCGGUCUACGCACAUUUCCCAAUGGUCAUCCCGAGUGAGAAUCAAAAGAUCUUGAACAGCCUUGGAAAGGACAAGUUAUAUAGUUUUGCCGCGCCAAGCUACACCCCGAUACCUGUGCUAAUCAAUUCCCACGCUGCCUGCAAGACCAUCCUCGCUGAUCAGGACGCAUUCAAAGUGACAUGGGGCCCGAAAUUAGAGUUUCUUUUGCAACGUGAUGGACAUCCAUAUGGUCGCGAUUUCAUGUUGUCGGGCGAUAACCCACCGAACGCGGCAAGUCGCAAAAUGGUUGGUGCUGCCUUAUACCGGAACCAAUGGGAGUCUGAGGUGCAAAAAUUCUACGAAGAAUUGACGCUUCAGCUUCUGGAGCGAAGCUCAUAUAAGGUGGCCGGUAUCAACCAAGUGGAUAUCUGUCGUGAUGUGGCCAACCUUGCACAGGUUCAUUUCUGUGCAAAUAUAUUUUCGUUGCCACUGAAGACGGAGGCUAAUCCUCAGGGCGUGUUCACUGAAGUCGAGCUUUACCAGAUUAUGACUUUGAUCUUUACUUAUAUCUUCUAUGAUGUGGAUGUUGGCAAGGCGUUCCAGCUCGCACAGGCCUCCCGUGCGGUCUCUCAGCAACUCGGAGAGUUGGUCAUGGCCAAUGUCGAGGUGAUUGAUAAGUCUGGAUUCAUUGCUAGUAUCGUUAGUCGCAUUCAUCGUCACGAUGUUCUCAGUGCCUAUGGUGUCCAUAUGAUUCAGCGUCUGUUGGAUAGUGGUCUGCCUGCGAAUGAGAUCGUAUGGACUCAUAUCAUGCCGUCGGCUGCUUCAAUGGUUGCGAACCAAGCUCAACUUUUCACUCAAUGCUUGGACUUUUACCUCGAGAAGGAAAAUGCAGUUCAUCUUGCAGAAAUCCAACGCUUGUCAAAGGAGCGUACCCCGGAAGCGAAUGAGCUUCUUUUGCGAUACUUCAUGGAAGGUGCACGAAUUCGAUCUUCUGUCGCUUUGCCGCGCGAAGUUGCCAAGCCCGUGGUCCUUGAGGAUAAUGGGGAAAAUGUGACAUUGAAGACCGGGCAGCAACUAUUCUGCAACCUGGUUGCUGCCAGCCAUGAUGCAAACGCAUUCCCUGAGCCCGAGACGGUCCGCUUGGACCGCGACCUGAGCCAGUAUAUCCACUUUGGAUUCGGGCCUCAUCAAUGCCUGGGGCUUGGAGUGUGUCAAAUUGCCCUCCCCACAAUGCUCCGGGUAGUUGGUCAAUUGGAGAAUCUUCGACGUGCCCCGGGCCCUCAAGGACAGCUGAAGAAGAUCCCUGGCCUAGGAGGAAUCACGAUGUACAUGGAUGCGGAUCUUAGCGCCUACUCACCGUACCCAUCCACGAUGAAGAUUCAAUGGGAUGGGGAGUUGCCGAGAGUUUAG